UGGGUGCGGGUACAGAGAGAACGGCUUAACCACUUAACCGAGGAAUGGAUAACGUCCUCCCUGUUGACUCUGACCCCUUCCCAAACAUCUCCACCAACACCUCAGAGCCCAACCAGUUCGUGCAGCCGGCCUGGCAAAUUGUCCUUUGGGCGGCUGCCUACACGGCCAUCGUGGUGACCUCUGUGGUGGGCAACGUUGUGGUGAUGUGGAUCAUCUUGGCCCACAAGAGAAUGAGGACAGUCACCAAUUAUUUCCUGGUGAACUUGGCCUUCGCAGAGGCCUCCAUGGCUGCGUUCAACACAGUGGUGAACUUCACCUAUGCUGUCCACAACGAGUGGUACUACGGCCUGUUCUAUUGCAAGUUCCACAACUUCUUCCCCAUCGCGGCAGUCUUUGCCAGUAUCUACUCUAUGACAGCCGUGGCCUUGGAUAGGUACAUGGCCAUCAUCCAUCCCCUCCAGCCCCGGCUGUCAGCCACAGCCACCAAGGUGGUCAUCUGUGUCAUCUGGGUCCUGGCUCUCCUGCUGGCCUUCCCCCAGGGCUACUACUCAACCACAGAGACCUUGCCCAGCAGAGUGGUGUGCAUGAUUGAAUGGCCAGAGCAUCCCAACAAGAUUUACGAGAAAGUGUACCACAUUUGCGUGACUGUUCUGAUCUACUUCCUCCCCCUGCUGGUGAUCGGCUACGCAUACACCGUAGUGGGAAUUACACUGUGGGCCAGCGAGAUUCCCGGGGACUCCUCUGACCGUUACCACGAGCAAGUAUCUGCCAAGCGCAAGGUGGUCAAGAUGAUGAUUGUCGUGGUGUGCACUUUCGCCAUCUGCUGGCUUCCCUUCCACAUCUUCUUCCUCCUGCCCUACAUCAACCCAGACCUCUACCUGAAAAAGUUCAUUCAGCAGUUCUAUCUGGCCAUCAUGUGGCUGGCCAUGAGCUCCACCAUGUAUAACCCGAUCAUCUACUGCUGCCUCAAUGACAGGUUCCGGCUGGGCUUCAAGCAUGCCUUCCGGUGCUGCCCCUUCAUCAGUGCGGGUGACUACGAGGGGCUCGAAAUGAAAUCCACGCGCUACCUCCAGACCCAGGGCAGUGUGUAUAAAGUCAGCCGCCUGGAGACCACCGUCUCCACAGUGGUGGGGAACCAAGAGGAGGAGCUGGAGGAUGGCCCCAAGGCCACGCCCUCAUCCCUGGACCUGACCUCCAAUGGCUCUUCUCGCAGCGACUCCAAGACCAUGACAGAGAGCCUCAGCUUCUACUCCAACAUGCUCUCCUAG